CUUGAGUCUGGCAAAGGAUGUCGCAACGGCAGCAAAGGCUGUCGGUGCCGUCGACGCUGUACUGGCUAAGUUUGGCAAGACUGCCGCGACUAUUGGCGAAGGCAAGGGGCUCAUGCUAGAAGCCAAGGAGGGUGAGAAUACCGUGCAAAUCUUCCGUGAUACCGGUGAUGGAAAGCCAAAGCUGUUAUACACUGAUAGCGACGUUGCUGCCAUGGAGAAAUCCAUCGAAGAGGGAGGAUUCGAUAACUGCAAAAUCUGCAUCGAGGGAGGUGGUGUGAAGAUCCGCCGCCAAAAGGGCAUCCUCCGCAAGUUCUGUUGCUUCCUGAGCCCUCAGACCCUGGAAGCUCCAGAGCCCGUCUGGAACGACCAGACUGGCCUGGCAACUGGCCUCGGUACAUCCGAAGCCAUUCCCUUGGCCAAUCGCGUUGUCGCCACUCUCUCCGAGACCGCAGCUCUCACUGCCGAUGAGAAGACGCUCAUCACUACCAUGAGCCAGGGCUUUGCCAAUUGGUACACGAAGGCGCAGUCCGUCUCCGCGAACGUCGAUGAGAUCAGCGCCGUACUGCUCGAGGCAAGGAAGAAGACUGCCGACUGGGGCAAGAUCGCCACCGCAACGUCCAAGGCGUAUGGCCUGAGUGACCAGGAGAAGUGGGCUCUCAAGACGUGGAUCCAGUGGUACAUGAUCAACCCCGAGUUCAACAACGCCUUGUCAAAGCUGCCUUCUGCUACUGGCCUGGUUGUCCGCUCGACCGAUCUUGAUGCUGCGACGGUUAACAUGCUCAACAAGCUUGAGUCUGGUGUGAUUAGCAAGGGCAAGGCAGGCAUCUACGAGGUUCAAGGUCAGUCAUACUGAUAUGCUACGAUGCUCCAAUGUGUGCAGCCACUAACGAGUCAUAGAUCUCGUUCUUAACGUCAACACCCCCUCAGGCGGCACCGGCGAAGUCCGCAAAGUCAUGGCGACGACCCUCAACCUCGGCGACGGCAUGUUCACAACCACAAAGGACUAUCUCUUCAUGAUCAACUCCAAGUCCGGUCGCUAUAUUGAAGCCGUUGCC